AUGUCCAUAAGUUCAGCUUUAUUGAAUCAUCUUUCUUUGGAAAAACAAUACAAAAUAAUUGAACAAUUAAUAGUUCAUGAUAAUGAUCUUGAUCAUGCUUUUGAAAUAAUAAAUAUUACCGGACCAAAUAUCAUUAACAUUAAAAAUAAUAAUAAUAAUAAUAAUAAUAAUAAUAAUAAUAAUAAUAACUUGGUCAAUCAUCUUUUCCAAAAAAUCAUAAAUAAGAUUAACUAUUUUUUGAUUUCAAUAGAUAAAGUUGAGCCAAUCGAAAUAAUUCAAGAUAUCUUUUUAAAUGACUAUAAUGAUUUCAUUUCACUAUUGAAAUUUGUCUAUAUUAUACCCGAUUUGUCAGACAAACUGAAUUACUAUAUUCUCUCUCUAUUGAUUCGCUAUAUUAAUGAUCAAAAAGAUUGCUUAUUUCAAAACAAUAAUGACAAUUCUAUCAUAAAUAUAUUAGAUUCACUUUCCAAUAAUAAUAAUUAUAAUGAGAUUACCGAUACCAAAAACCCAUUAGAUGAGAAAUCAAUCAUCAUUUUAUUAAAAUUGUUGGAAAUAAUUUGUAUUCAAAAUACAGAUUCUCCUUAUCACACUACUAUCUUUACCUCUAAUGAUAAAUUAAUAACUUUGAUCGAUAGAUGUUUAUUAAUUUUUUUAACUUGCAAUAUAGAAUCAAUCGCCAUACAAUGUUCAAAACUAAUGAGAUGGAGACAGGAUACUAUUAUCCAAGAAAUUUAUUCAUCUGAUCUAGAUCUAGAUCGAGAUUUAGAUGGUUUGACCUGUUCUUAUUUAAUCAACGUUUGUUUGAAUCAAAAAAAUUGUAAUUGGAAACUAAGAAUCUUUUUGGCAUUCCUAUUAAGAUCCUUGAACCAUCCAAAUAUACCAACCCAAUUAAUGGAAUUCUUUUUAAGUGAUCAGUUUAUUCUUUUUUUGCAAGCAUCUCUAAAUCAUCAUCUCGUUGAAUAUCGUAAAAUCUCAUUAUCUCUAUUGAAAUUGUUUCUUAACAGGUUCGUUUUUACAGAUAAUCAAACUUUGAUUGAUUUAGACAAACUUUGUCAAACUAAACUUAAAUGGCAUCCCUCUAACUACUCUAAGAUUAAAAUAUCUUGGAACAGGUUCAUAAGAUUAUACGAAACAAUUUCGCUGGACUCACAUCUGAAUAAUAUUAAAUUCCUUAAAACAGAUAUUAUAGGCUUUUUCAAUGACCAAUUUAUCGACACUUCAUGGGGGUUAAUUCUAUUCUCCACAUCCCUCAAAUCUUCCUCUGUGGAGAUAAAACAGUACAUGAGUUCAUUGAUGUUUGAAAUAAAGGAUAAAAACAGUUUUUUCUUUUCAAACCUUUCAUUGACACAAUCUGUUCUAUUACCAGCUUUAUUAAAUAACUCCCUCUCUUUUGAAACAGCAUUUGUUGGUUCGGAUGAUACUCAACUCAAUGUUUGUCCCUACGGUGAUUCUGUAUCUAAUUUAUUCUAUGAGAUUUUAAGGCAUUCUAAAGAUGAUCAAAGUUCAAUUAUGAUUGAAACAAUACUUAAUGUUGUCAUUGACACACCUUUUGUUCCUGCCAAAAUUUAUGGGAUUUAUGGUAUGCACAGAUAUCUCGAAACUACUGAUCUUUCCAUUCUAAAUAAAAAACAUCUUAUUCUAAUCAAACAAUUAUUUGUUAACACUCAAUGUAAGACCUUUGUAUGGGAUACCACUUUAAAAUCUCUUUUAUUUAAAAUAUUGAACUAUAUUGAUCAUGAAUCUGUGACUUUAUUUGAGUGGCUUAAUUUUAUGACUUUUUGUUUCAAUCAAUGUUUAUGCUGUGAUAGCAUGGAUAUAAUAGGGUCUCCAAUCUUUGAAAUGGAAGUCGAAUCAGUUGAUAAAUGGUAUCAAGGUAAGGAAAACAUAAUUCAAAAUUAUUUAGGUUCCAAUCCUAUGUUUGAUGCUCUUUGUGUCAUCUUCUUUAAUGUCGAAAUCAAGGAAUAUGAUCUCGAAUUAUUGGCUACUAUAUCACGUUUAAUGAAAAUAUUUCCUAAAUUGAAUAAAAAUUUUGAAUUACACAAAUUAUACAAUGCUAUUACCACAAGAAUUACACAACUGAUGACACCAGAAAUGUUAAUUGACAUGACAGUGGAUCAUCUUUAUCGUUGUGCCUAUGAUAUUGUGAUUUACAAUGAUCCUUUGGCUACUAUUGAUAAAUCUAUUGAUUUCCAUUCGUUGUUUAAUUAUACUCUAACAUCAUUUUCCCCAAAUAAAUUGAGAUUUUUAGUCUCUUUAUCUGAAAGAUAUAACUGUGAUUUGGCUUUGAAUUUUGAUAGAUUUGAAGCAUUAUACUUAGCAAUGAUUAAUUACAUUGAUACUCAAAAUAUGAAUAAUACCAAUAAAGAUGAUGUUUAUGGAGACUUUUUCAAAUUAAUUCGCUUGAAUAUAUCUAGGAAUGAUUGUGAUUUUGGUUUUUGUGAGAAGAUCUUAGCAGGAAUGAUUAUGGGAAAGGAUGUUUGUCACAGUAUUAAUAGACAUUAUAGAGAUAUCGAAAUACUUAAAAUAUGCUCUCUUAUUUGUGAUGCUGCUGAUUCCGAACAUCUACAGAUACAAAAUAAAUGUUUUAAGAUUGGUUGUACCAUUUGGAACAAUUAUGAUGAUUACAAUGCAAACACAUUAGUGCGGAAGCUUUUAACCUGUCUUAUAAAAUGUAUUUUUACCCCAAAUAAUAUUUUUAUUGCAGUUUCUGAUUCUUUCUCGCUACAAAGACAAAAUCUUGAAAGAUAUAUCAAAGAAUUAUGCGCUAUAGGAUCUACACAAAGGGGAUUUUUACCAAUAUUAUCUAAGCAGUUUGAAUUGUUCUUUAAGAAAUAUAAAUAUGAUCUUAAUACCUCGAUUUCUUAUACUUGGCUAUCAUCGAUAUUGGUUUUGAUAUUUAUUCAAGAACCAACACAAGAGAACGAUUACCAGUUGGAAUCUGUUAUUAGUCAUCUAUAUGAUAAGACAUUUAUCAAAAUGAGUAAAAGUUAUAUUUCAUUAUACAAAAGAGCUUAUGGAACUCAUGAAGUUUUUUCACAGGUGUCUAUAAUUGUAGGCUUAAUAUUUAGUGGCUCAUCAUUUCAAUUAAAUUUCAUCGACUAUUUAAUUAAACAAAAUGAUAUACCAAACGGGGAUAAAUGUAAUGAAAGAAUACGGGUACUUAAAUGGCAAUUGGUUUUGGUGAGUUUAUAUGUCUCUUGUAAAAGCCAAUUGAUGUCUGAAAUAGAAGAUGUCAUCAAAUCUGUUCUUUCUAGUUUAGAGUCAGAGAAUUCAAUGGAAACAAGAAUCUACAAAGAAUGGUUUAUUGCAUAUUGUUUGAGCAUGUUAUAUAAAGAUGGUACAAAUAAAUUUGAUUUCGAAACAAUACUGUUCAACCAAUUAGGUGAUCACAGUAAACCUCUUUUAGUAGUAAGUGUUGAAAGAAUUAUUUUCCUUGUUUUAAAAUCACAAAUUAGAAAUGUUUCUAAACGACUUUUAACUAAAUUUUUAUUUGCAAUUGUUUCCAAUGCAACUUCGAAUAAGCCAUUAGUAAGACACUUUACUAAUUCUUUAAUUACAUUGUUUUGGCCAAUAUUUGCUGAACAACUCCAAUCGUAUCCGAUGAAAGAUAUUCUAAAGAGUCUUUUUAAUAAUGCUAAAGGCAAUCCAAAUAGUGUUGGCAAAAUAAGAACAGGUGAUGCUAAAGCAUGGGAAUUGUAUGAAGAUAUGACAUUAUCAGGUAUUUUUGGUAAGGUUUCUACCCGAAUCAUAGGACAAGGACAACAUAGAAUCCCAUCUCAUGUAUUCAAAGAGUAUAACACUCUGGUUGAUAAGUUCGAAGAUUUAUUUCCAAUUGGUAAAGUAGAGGAUAGUAAUUUAUUAACUACAUCAAGGAGGUACUCAAAUAACAUGAAUGACAAUUUGGGUAAUGAGAAUAUUAAAAGAUCAGAAUUAAUUGUUGUUGCUUCACUAGUCGACAAACCAUUUAACUUGGGUGGCAUUUGUAGACUAUGCGACGUGCUUGGCGCAAACACAGUUACAGUGCAAGAUUUGAAAGUAAAAGAUAGUCCACAAUUUAAAGAUGUAUCACUUUCUUCGGAAAAGUGGAUGCCUAUGGAGGAGGUACCUCUAGAUUCUAUUUCUACAUAUAUGCAAGAAAAGAAGGCGGAAGGUUACACGUUAAUUGGUUUAGAACAAACAGAUAAAUCUAUUCGAUUAGAUGGUAAAUACAGGUUUCCAAGUAAGAGUUUAAUUUUAUUAGGAACAGAAGCUUAUGGUAUCCCAGGUCCGUUUUUGAAGGAACUGGACCUAUGUCUUGAAAUUCAGCAGCAUGGUGUCAUUAGAUCCAUGAAUAUUCAAACAGCCACUGCUGUGAUUGUCCAUUCAUAUACUAUUCAACAUUUAUAA